AUGCUUGCAGAUCACUAUCCUGGUAGCACAUUUCGUGCUUAUUCGUCUGAAGCAGUAAUGCGGAGGUCAAGAACAUAUGACAAGUCCGAUCAUUUACACGAAAGAGAAUGCACCCCACUAAACUUAGAGGAAGACUGGUCAGUGCAACCAUAUUCCGGAUAUCUCUCCGAUCAUGCGUACUACCAACAAUCAGCGCAGAAGACUAGGCAUCGUCGUCCGAGAAGCGCUACUGCUAUUCGAUCAAUGGCAGCUUCUGAAAUGGGCACAUCUCGAUCGUAUUAUCGCAAUCUGACUGAACAUCGAUGGGAUGACGGAGAAUUGACACCAGGUGGCAGGCAUCCUUCGCAAAAUUUGUCUCGGUAUCACAAUCCUCAGUCAACCAAUGGACGUUCAUUAGCGGAAUACAUGCAGGAACAAGAACCUCAGCAUGGUUAUGGAUCUGAUGAAAGCGAGACGAUAAGCACUCAUUCUGCGCAUUCAGUACCAAACAUCAGAACGAUCAACCGUCGUUGUAUGGCUCCAAACGAAGCUAAUAUGCAGGAAGCCUUACUUGGAGACUACAUACAGGAUGAUGUUCCAUCUGCAUCCGAAGUUUCUGUUAAAGCAUCGAUUGCAGGACAAACUAUAAAGGAACGUAAGAAGAGUAUUAUGACACGCUUCAUACCCGGAAAAUCUGGUGGUGCAGGAGGGAAGCGGACUGGGUUCCUACGUUCCGAGGAGGUGGGAAUUCCCGGCAACAUGUCUACCGAUCGUGCACCUCCACAGCAGCCUUUUGUGCAGCAUGCAAGCAAGGAUUCCACUGAUUCGGCUUCUGAUAACUGGCUGCCCGUGUUGCCGGACGGUCCUCUGGGAGCGUUCGUUGACAACCUUGGACCAGGGCAGGUUGUUGGCCGACAGGUGCUGGCGAGUCCACUUCUCGGCGAGAUACAGAUAGGAAUUAUGGCUGGACGAUCGGGGAUCGAUGUUGAAAUCAUUCGAGCGAAGAAUCUCGUUGUGAAACCGGGAGUAAAGUUUAGUCCUGCUCCGUAUGUCAAGGUGUAUCUGAUGGAAGGAAAAAUGUGCAUCGCAAAGGCGAAAACGAAUCCAGUCAGAAAAACAACCGCACCGCUUUUCCAACAGCAUCUAAUAUUCAGUGAUAGCCCAAAGCGAAAGAUGCUUCAGGUAACCGUGUUGGGCGACUAUGGAAGGAUGGAACGGAAAACUUUUAUGGGUAUCGCAUUAAUUCGUUUGGACGACCUACGCUUAGGUUCGGAACCCAUCAUUGGGUGGUAUAAGCUGUAUCACAGUUCAUCAUUGGCAGGAACUGGACCAGUACGCAAGGAUUCCGAAACUUCACUCGUAGGAUUAAAUACGGCACAGUAA